AAUAAUAAGUAUCAGUUUUACAUAUGUUAACUCUUAUAACCUUUGAACAGAAAAAUCUUGAUACAUAACGAGAUACGAAACAGCCUUACGAACAGUUGCCCGCAACGGUUCGUGCUAGCAAUAUCGCUAGUGUGUUAAAUCAAAUUUUGCCAGACGUUUUGCAAACAGAUUCCAACGAAAAUUUGAGAUAACAUCCGUGUGCCAUGGAAUACUGGUUGAUAUUGUUAUCAAUCGUGAUUGGUGCACUUGGCAUCCAUUAUCUGUUUAGAAAUUAUAAUUAUUUAGAAAGACACGGUAUCAUUCACGUACCGCCUGUUCCAAUACUGGGCAACAUGACAUCAGUUAUAUUUCGUCGAAUAUCAUUGACCGAUUUUAUCCACAAGCUAUACACUUCCAAUUCGGAUGCAAAAUAUAUUGGAUUCUACUUCAUGGGAACGCCAACUUUCGUAUUUCGUGAUCCGGAAAUCAUUAAAUCCGUCCUGGUGAAGAAUUUCGAAGCAUUUCCCGAUCGUUUCGGAUUUGACGAUUUGAACGAACCUUUGCUUACAAACAAUUUGUUUUCUCUUCGUGGACAAAAGUGGCGUGACGUGCGAACACUAUUAAGUCCCUCUUUUACAUCCAGCAAGAUGAAAAUGAUGUUUACCUUGAUGUCGGAAUGCGCAGUAGACUUUGCUAGUUAUCUAUCAACACCUAUAUCAGCGGAUAUAGAUAUGAAAGACGUUUUCACUAAAUACACAAAUGAUAUUAUUGCCACAUGUGCUUUUGGAAUCAAAAUCAAUUCUAUGAAGGAUCCGACAAAUAAGUUCUUUGCUUACGGCAAGGAAGCGACUAGUUUCUUUGGAACACGUCCUAUUAAAGUUUUUUUUCUUAGAAUGUUUCCGACACUCGGGCGUAUUCUCAAUGUAAAACUUAUAGAUAAACACGUGUCGGAUUUUUUUAAAGACAUUAUAAAGACUACUAUUGCUACUCGUGAUGCCGAGAAUAUUACACGUCCGGAUAUGAUUCAAUUGAUGAUGGAUAUUAGAGGCAAAGAAGGUCGAAGAGAGCUUGAUGUCGAUGACAUGAUCGCGCAAGCGUACGUCUUUUUUCUCGGUGGUUUCGAUACUAGCUCAACCACGAUGUGCUUUGCAGCUCAUGAACUUGCUGUUAAUAUAGAUAUUCAAAUCAAAUUGCAGCAGGAGAUAGACAAGGUUCUCGAGGAGUCCAACGGGAAAGUGACAUAUGAAACUAUUAACGGGCUCGAAUAUUUAGAUUUGGUGAUAAAUGAAGUUCUCAGGUUAUAUCCACCAGUUCCGAUAGAAAGGCUAUGCAACAAAGAUUAUGAAUUGCCACCUGCAUUACCAGACAAGAAAUCUUUCAUUAUGAAGAAGGGAAUGAAUUUUUGGAUUCCGGUUUUUAGCAUUCAUCGAGAUAAAAAAUAUUACGAUGAUCCAGAAAAAUUUCGUCCGGAAAGAUUUUUAGACAACAAAACGUAUCAUAACUCAUCGUAUUAUAUGCCAUUUGGAUUAGGACCGAGAAUGUGUAUAGCCAACAGAUUUGCCAUGUUAGAGAUUAAAAUCUUAUUGUUUCAUCUAUUAGCAUGUUGUGAACUGAAACCAUGCGCGAAAACUAUAUUGCCAUUGAAAUUCAAUAAAAAAAGUUUGACAAUAAUGCCGGAAGGUGGAUUCUGGUUGAAUGUUCAGCGUAGAAGCGAUAUACAUCCUGUGAUGGGAUCUAUGCUGUUUAACGGAGAUACUAAUUCUUAGAAAAUACAUAUUUUAAAUAAAAAUAACAGAAAAUCUUUUUCUACUGAACAAUGAUAUACGUGAUGAUAAAAAUAACGUUCUUAUAAUCUUAACACAAUCAUCAUGACAAUAUAACUUGUUUAAAU